UAUCCCUUGCCGGAAAAUUGACUAUUUCAAAAACCUUCCUUUCUCUCUCUCUCUCUCUACUCUCACUCUCACAGCUCUUCCAACCAAAUCAAAACACACCAUUAACUUUCUUCCCAACUAAUUCAACUCAAAACUUGGAUCUUCACUUAGGUCUUGAAUAAAAAUGUACGAGCCCCAGCAUUUUGCAGAUUUACAGGAAAAUUCUAGUGGCUGUGGAGAAGUACUUCUCUCCCCAUCGGCCCACCCAACUCAGUCUUCUCUUUCCAACGCCGCUCCCAGUAACGUCGACCGCGUCCUCUUCAACGACCUCGUCGAGAUCGUCCCCCUCGUCCAGUCUCUCAUCGAUCGGAAAGUGAGUUCAUCGUUCACCCGUCGUGGUACAAUGAUCUAUACUAAGACACCUUCGAGAGAAUCCCUCUACAGGAAGGUUAGUGAUGCAAAAGGAAGGAAUGCAGCUCAAUCUAUUCCUACUAAGAAACGAAGGGACCCCACAGACAAGGACCAAGGAAGGAACUCAAGUAAUAACCAAGAUGAAUGCUGUGAUAGCUUCUCAAUUUUCUCAUCAAGGGCAUUGCAAUCAGAUAAGGACGGAGAAGAGUUGAUUGCAUUGAGAGAACAAGUGGAAGAUCUUCAAAGGAAAUUAUUAGAGAAAGAUGAACUUCUGAAAUCAGCAGAGAUUUUGAAGACCCAGUUCAGUUCUAUUCAUGCAAAACUUGAGGAGCUGAAGCUCCAGGCUGCAGAGAAGGAUUCUUUAAUCAAGUCUACUCAACAACAACUCUCUGAUACAAAGGUUAAGUUGGCUGACAAACAGGCAGCACUAGAAAAAUUACAGUGGGAAGCAAUGACUUCCAACAGGAAAGUGGAACUGCUACAAGAAGACCUAGAUUCCACGCGAGGAGAGAUUUCAUCAUUUAUGUUGUUAGUUGAAGGCUUGGCAAAGAAUCCUUCGACCGUGUCCGCUGAAGAUUAUGAUGUCGCACCAUAUUAUUCUAGUCAUCUCCAUCAGGAAGAUGAUUGGGACGAGGCUGAGGUGCCGGAGAUGGAGGAGGCCAGAGAAGCCUACAUCGCUGCUGUUGCCACCGCAAGAGAAAAGCAAGAUGAAGAUUCUAUUGCUGCUGCUGCCAGUGCAAGGAUAUAUCUUCAGUCCUUUGUUUUCAGGGCUCAUGGGAGGUCCCUAGUUUGAGAACGUACUUUAGUUUAGCUGGCUGCUGAUUGUAGAUGUGUGUUUAUUGUUCACUAGUGAAUGAACUCUUUGUUGUCCAGUUAUUUAUAUAAUGUGUUUCAGAUAUUUAGUGCAAAA